AUGAAAAAAUUUGUUGAAAAAAAUAUUCAAGACAAUAAUCUUCAAAAGUUGGAAAAGCCAAAAAUAAAUUACCCAGAAUUUCAAGUUGGUUUAAAUAGUUAUGGCCUCUCACUGACAAAUAUGCUAGUUAUAUUCGG